AUGACUCUACGCAUCUGGUCUAUAAUUUUAUUUCUUUCAAUAUUAUUAUGCUCAACCAAUCUCUCGUAUGUCCCACCACGACUUGAAAUGAAACGCCUUUCGAAUAUUCCUAUCAUAUCAUCAUGGAACAAUAAUUCAGCAUUCCUAUACAAUUACAAUAGUGCAUUCAUGCCAACUAUAAACGAUUCCGAUGCAGUGGCGCUUCUAGUACGAGUACAAAACUUGCAUAGCGGAUCGAAAAGUAUCUACGAUGUCGGUCCAAGUAGAUUAGCAUUGAGUCGAAGUCUCGAUGAUACUCAUCUGAAAUAUUCAUAUAUUUCUGAACAAGAUGUCCUCAUUGAUACAGAUCGAGAAUAUCAAGCAAUUGGAGUGGAAGAUCCUCGAAUAGUAUUGUACAAUAACACUUAUUAUCUAUUGUACACGGCUUUGAGUAGUGAUGCACAUGGUGUUUGGCGAGCGCAAUUAACAUUAGCUACUUGUAAAAAUAAUUGUUUUACGAAAGGUAAUUGGAUAUAUUACGGACCGUUAUUUCCUAAUGUGUUCUGGAGUAAAAGUGGCAGUUUACUGAUUCAUAACGAAACUCAUCGUUAUUUAUUUUUCAAUGAUUCAAACAUUGCCAUUGCUCAAACGAAAGAUCUUAUUCAUUACGAUCUUUCAUCUUCUUUUCUUCUUACUACUCGUCCUGAUCAUUUCGAUUCCGAUCUCGUUGAGGCUGGACCACAACCAUUGAAAUUAAGCGAUAAAAAUUAUCUAUUUCUUUAUAAUUCCGGUCGACAAGUAACGACACCAAACCCUAAACCUGGCUGGCAUGUUCAAUACAAUCUAGGUUGGGCGAUAUUGAAUGGUGAUGAUCCAACACAGGUUUUAGCUCGUAGUGAAGUACCGAUUCUCUCGCCAGAAUUAGAUUGGGAACGAUGUGACAACACUUCAGGAGAAUGGGCUAAUCGAGGAUUGACACCAUUAGUUGUCUUCAUCGAAGGAUGGAAACAGACAGACGAAGAUACAUUCCUCGUCUGGUAUCAAGGAUGUGAUUCAACUAUGGGUCUCGCCGAACUUAAAGUACACUUUUCAUAG